AUUUAGUGAAAUGCAGCAUGCCUGCUCCUCCGUACAUUUUCAAUGAGGCCAAUAGUAUUUGGGUAUAACAGAAGCACCGCCUCCCUCCUAUUGGACAAUGUGUACGUGAGGGCGUGGCAAAGGAAAGAUGAGAGUUGAAAAUCCAUGCCCUUACUGGGAAGACAUGGAGCGCUAUGGACAGUCUGCGCGAGCCUAGUAGGUAUCUCAACUAACGAGAUAAAUAUUUCUCCUGUUAGAGAAGCGCUUUGAGAAACUGAGAGGAACAGAAAAAAAGGGUUGCCCAGUUGAGGAUGGAGUGUGCAUUUGACGCACAGAACCUGAUUUCCAUUUCUUUGAGGAAAAUCCAAAGCUCCAGGACGCAGAGAGGCGGCAUCAAGCUCCACAAGAACUUGCUGGUAACGUACGUCCUCAGAAACGCCAGACAGUGUUACAUGAGCAAAAACGCGUUGCAGACGCAGAGGACACCUCCAUAUGAGGAUGCGGCGACGGUCCGCGGGAGGCAAGAGUACCUCGAACUGACCGGCAGCUUCACGGAGUUCGCUGAUGACUUCUACUGCAACUUUGCAGGCGUGCAGUCGGACACUUGGCACUGCGGAGCGCACCAGUCUAUGGCACAGCAUAUGGAGCUGGGGCACCAAGACGCCUCUGCGUGCGCAAUGGUUUCUCCAAGUGACUCUGACCUCAUGGUUUCAGAAGCCUGCUGGAGCUGCGCGGACAAAUCUUCCUGGGAGCUACCCAUCUCGAACACACAAGCCAACCAAAAAACUGUCUUGGACUUGGACACGCAUGUGGUGACAACUGUGACGAACGGAUACUUCCACUCUGACUGUUGCGCGCAGCCAAAACAGCCGCAGGCGGCCGCGCCGUGCUACACCAGAAAGCGAAAGAUGGACACAAGUUACUAUAUUGUUGACCCGGAGUUUUAUUUGCCGGACUUUGUGCCACUAUCGUGUAAGAGGAUGAGGAGUGAAGAUGAUGAUGAUGAUUUAGAAUCAGACUCGGAACAGUUGGACAGCACAAACAUCUCCAACCUGAUCUCGGUUCUGGGAUCAGGUGGGCUAUCUGAGUUUGUGAGUUGGCAGCAGAUGGACCUUGAGCAGAUAUUCGGCUCUCAGACAAUUUGUUCAAAACACACACUGUUGGCAGGCAGUGGUUGGACCAGAGCAAUCGAAGCAUUUUGAUUUGUGUGAUUGUUUUUUUUUUCAUUGUAUUAUUUUACUUUGUUGUUUUCAAAUAAACCAUGACACGAAUGCAAUCCUCACUCUCUCUGCGCUGUUAUUGAAGAAAACCGCUGAAAUGUGACUUCAUAAUGCAACCACAUUCAUUUCCAAUGACAUUUGCACAUUGACUUUCUUCAUGCCAACUUCUAAGCUUACUGCACUUAUAGAUGAAGCGCAUUUUCUUGUGAUCCACUUAGAACAGAGUAUACUGGAGUCUGUCUUUAGAUUGUAUGUACUGAGGAAACUGGUCGGUACUGUUUCUGUGAAAAAAUGUUGGAAGAGCACCAUCAUGUGGCCAGUGAUGAUUUGUACAGAAUCAUGCACCAGUUUAACGCAAGAUAAUAUUCUGUAAAUAUAUCAAAACCUUUUUUGAUAAAUAAAUAAAGUUAACAUUAUUUAACAAAA